AUGUCGAUUCCAGGCCUAGGAAAUAUUCAGGUGGCAGCCCAAGAAACCCUCACAAGAACGGUGGCGCUGCGACCUGCUGCGGAAUGGCGCUUCGAAGUGUCGGUCGGCUCAUCCAUUGCCCUUCGAGUUCUGUCUGGAACAGCUGAGAAGGACGGCGUGGAACUUGCUCUGCGAACACCAUAUACAUUUUCGGGCAUCAAGUCCAAGAUCUUAACAUGGCAUGGCUGCGAGCUGCAAAUCGAUGGCCCUUGCGAGCAAGAGCACGUUGCCGAUUUCCGCGAACCGACAGCGAACCCGGCGACAUCAUAUAUAAACCUACAUGCAAAGCUUGACGAUAUGCGACAGGCGGCGCGACGAGAGCGCAGGGAGGGCCCGCGCAUCUUGAUUGCUGGCCCAUCACACGUUGGCAAGACGACUCUUGCUAGAACGCUGACGAGCUACUGCACAAGGGCUGGCGGACAACCGAUUGUUGUUAAUGCUGAUCCGUCAGAAGGCAUGCUUUCUUUUGCUGGCACAUUGAGUGCUGGAGUGUUUGCUACGAUUAUGGACCCAGAGGCCCCCGACGGCUGGGGCACCACUCCCACCAGCGGACCGAGCAGUGUACCGGUGAAGCUGCCGCUGGUGUACUAUUUUGGAAAGCAGCAGCCAGAUGAAGAUCCGGACUUUUACAGAGAAUUAAGCAGUAAGCUUGCAUCAGCUGUUAGUGGUAGGCUGAGCGAGGAUGAAGAGGUCAAGUCGUCAGGUGUAAUCUUGGACACGGCAGGCCUUGUGGAGGAUGAUAAAACACACACAGAGCUACUGGCACAUGUGGUUGAUGAGUUUUCAGUCAAUAUCGUCGUCGUGCUUGGCUCCCCGCGGAUGCACGCCGCGCUUACAGGGCGGUUCAUGAACGAAAAGACAAGCUUGGGUGAACCGAUACAGGUCAUCUCACUAGACAAGUCAGACGGAGCUGGUGAACGCAGCGAAGCCUUGAUGCAGCGAGCGCGAGAGGCUACGAUUAAGGAAUACUUCUUUGGUGAUGGCAAGCGAACGCUCAGCCCGCAGAUUCAGCAAGUUGAGACCGGCAGCCUUGUCAUUUACAGUGUACCGGGUCUCUCGUCGUCGCCGACACAAAUGGGCGACGAGGUCACGCUGGUUCGAGAGCAGGGCGGUGCAUCGUCCCCCAUGGAGCACUGGGCACUCGCCGUUAUGCAUGCAUCCCUGAAGGACCCGCCAGAUGUAAUUCGCGCAGCAAGCGUAAUGGGAUUCGUAUACGUGUCAGAUGUCGACGAGGACAAGGGCAAGGUCAAAGUGCUCGCGCCAGUCAGCGGACGUCUCGGUGACAGGCCACUGGUCUGGGGCAUGUGGCCAGAGCCUUUUAUUAAUCUGCUCGGGUAG